UUACAGUUUUCGCUACAAUGCCUCUGUCCACCCAGUCUCAGAGCGAUGACGAACAGUAUGUUUUAGUCGCCAGUCUGGAUAACGCUCGCCAUCUCUCCAACAUACUGAAAGCCAUCACCUUCAAAGACCAUGCGAUCUUCACUGCUACACCAAACGGCCUAAAGGUCACUGUUGAGGACUCCAAAUGUCUGCAAGCCAAUGCCUUCAUCCAGGCUGAGAUCUUUCAAGAAUACACCAUAAAGGAAGAUUUGGUGGGUUUUCAGAUCAACCUCACUGUUCUGCUGGACUGCCUGAAUAUCUUUGGUGGAAGCACAGUUCCAGGAGUAUCAACAGCCUUGCGGAUGUGCUACCGGGGGUACGGUUACCCUCUGACACUGUUCCUGGAGGAGGCUGGUGUGGUGACUGUUUGCAAGAUUAACACACAAGAACCAGAAGAACCAAUUGACUUUGAGUUCUGCAGCAGCAAUGUCACGAACAAGGUGAUCUUACAGUCAGAGAGUCUGAAGGAAGCCUUCUCUGAACUGGACAUGACCAGUGAGGUGCUACAGAUCACCAUGUCCCCCAGUCAGCCAUACUUCAGGUUGUCUACGUUUGGAAACUCUGGAAAUGCCCAUUAUGAUUAUUCAAAAGACUCAGACAUGAUGGAGCUGUUCCGAUGCACCAAGACACAAACCAACAGAUACAAGAUGUCCCUACUGAAGCCGUCCACCAAGGCCUUGGCUUUGUCCUGUAAAGUCUCUGUACGGACAGACGGCAGGGGUUUCCUCUCUCUGCAGUACCUGGUCAGGAACGAUGAUGGACAGAUCUGCUUUGUAGAAUAUUACUGCUGUCCAGACGAGGAGGUGGAGGAAGACUGAAGACAGCCAGUGAGAUUGGACUUUUAGGAAGCACCUUAACUUCAGUGGCGGCCAGUUGUUUUGACUGAGCACGAUAACAAGAAGACGAACUCGACCAGAGGAGCCAGUAGGUUGAAGAAAAACAGCUGGACUUGUGGGCAUAAUCACAACGGUGGGAGAAGCAGCAGUUUUGCAAAAUCAACUGGUUGAUCAAUAUAAUGUCACCUGUCUGAUCUAGUUAUGAAUGUGUGUAGUUACACCACUAUCAACGUUUUCUGAAUUUGUCAGUUUCAUGAACUUGGAUAUGAAAAAUGACAGCAUUGUUUGUAACUACGGAGACGCAGCUGUUUUAAGUCACUCAGUAUGUUUUCUGUGACAAAGUUAACAGCUCAGUUGGUCAUGAUGUCUGGGCUUACAGGGCAUAUCCAUUCUCAUCUUUUAACACCUGCAGUGAGCUUGCUGACUGCCCAUAAAUAAGACAUGGCACACUGAUAGUUUACUCCAGGUGUCUAGUGAAGCUUGUGUUCAGUAAAUCUACUCCACUGACCUGAUUUCUAUACACACUGCCACGAUUGUCCCUCAUGUUGAAUCUGCUACCCGACACCUUUCAGAGACAUUUGUUUGGAGCAUACAUCACAUGAUACUGACAGCAAGUUGAAAUCGUUUUAUUUCCAUGACAUAGAAAACAAUUGUACUCACUGAAACUCAAUAAACAAGUUUUUUUUUUU